UUUAUAACCAAGAGUGUGUUUGCAUAACAAACUGUAGAGAUUACUCAUAAUUUAUUAAACGUGUUAAUCAAUCAGUUUUAAAUCUAUUUUGUAAAUCGUGUACCCGCUAGGGACCCACUCUGACUGUAACACUGUACUGUAUCGUUUGUGUAAGUGUAUGAUACAUUAUAGCUGAAACAUCAUCAUCAACGCGAAUCAAAAGUUUUAAAAGUGACAUCCACUGAGUACUUGGCAAAUGGCGGCAGUGAGGUAGCCUCCCGGAAGCGGAAAUGGACUCCACAUGACCGGAUGGGGUACGCAGUGAUGCUGACGCGACUCCACAUGUCGCUGCUGAGGCGGCGUUCGCUGGUGCUGAAGGCGGUGUUCCUGCUGGGCACGGCGUGGCUGACAGUGGCUUUCCUCCUGUUCACGGAACAGAGGUCGACCAGCGGCUACCAGGAGGGCGAGGAGAGCUUCCCGAAGAACGGGGUUCGCCGGGGUGUGCUGGGAGUGCCGCAGGCGCUGGCCAGGGUGGGUAACCCGCCCACCCAGGGCAAGACGAACUCGAAGGCCGGGUCGGGAGUGGGUGUGGGGGCUGGACCCGAGGGGGGCGAGGGGGGAGUGUUGGUGCCCCCCAGGGAACACUUGGGAGACGGACCUCUCUACGGGGAGAUGGGAAAGCCGGUCGUGCUUCCCGCCAAUGUGACCAGUGACGUCAAGAAACUUGUGGACGAGGGUUGGCAGAAGAACGCGUUCAACCAGUACGUCAGCGACUUGAUCUCUCUGCACAGGAAGCUCCCAGACCCAAGGGACGAAUGGUGCAAAAAACCGGGCCGGUACCCGGACAACCUGCCAGCGACUUCUGUGAUAAUAUGCUUCCACAACGAGGCUUGGUCCGUGUUACUGCGCACCGUCCACAGUGUCAUAGACCGCUCGCCGCCCCGCCUGCUGCACGAGGUUAUACUCGUGGACGACUAUUCGGACAUGCCUCACCUGAAGAGACAGCUGGAGGAGUACAUGGCCAUGUACCCCAAGGUGAAGAUCGUGCGCGCUGCCAAGCGAGAAGGGCUGAUCCGCGCUCGGCUGAUAGGCGCCAAGCACGCCACGGCUCCAGUACUUACCUACCUGGACUCCCACUGCGAGUGUGCUGAGGGCUGGCUAGAACCUCUGUUGGACCGAAUCGCCCAGGACUCCACCACGGUCGUCUGCCCCGUGAUCGACGUCAUAGACGACACCACGCUGGAGUACCACUGGAGAGACUCCGGGGGCGUCAACGUCGGAGGCUUCGACUGGAACCUCCAGUUUAACUGGCAUGCGGUUCCGGAGAGAGAACGGAAGCGACACAAGGAUCCGGCGGAACCCGUCUUCAGUCCAACCAUGGCCGGAGGACUCUUCAGUAUCGACAAGGCGUUCUUCGAGAGGUUGGGCACCUACGAUAGUGGCUUUGACAUCUGGGGUGGGGAGAACCUCGAGCUCUCGUUCAAGACAUGGAUGUGCGGAGGAACCCUGGAAAUCGUCCCAUGCUCGCAUGUUGGUCACAUAUUCCGCAAGCGCUCACCGUACAAGUGGCGUACUGGUGUGAACGUGCUCAAACGCAACUCUAUCCGUCUUGCCGAAGUGUGGAUGGACGAGUAUGCCAAGUAUUACUAUCAACGUGUUGGCAAUGACCUGGGUGAUUUUGGAGAUGUGUCAGCCAGAAAAGAGCUCAGAAGAAAGUUGGGGUGCAAGUCAUUCAGAUGGUAUCUGGAUAACAUUUACCCGGAACUGUUUAUCCCCGGGGAAGCUGUGGCUUCCGGAGAGGUGCGAAACCUAGGUUAUGGCGGCAAGACGUGUUUGGACUCGCCAGCUCGCAAGUCGGACCUGCACAAACCUGUUGGACUCUACCCUUGUCACAAGAUGGGCGGCAACCAGUACUGGAUGCUGAGCAAGGCGGGCGAGGUCCGGCGUGAUGAAGCGUGUCUGGACUAUGCAGGUCAAGACGUGAUUCUGUACCCUUGCCAUGGAUCGAAGGGCAAUCAAUUCUGGCAGUACAAACCAGAGACCAAGCUGAUUCAGCAUGGCAGCAGCAAGAAGUGUCUGGCGAUCGCCGACAACAAGCAGAAGCUUCUGAUGGAGGAGUGCAACCCCUCGUCACCUCAGCAGCACUGGCAUUUCGACAACUAUGACAGCAGCAAACUGUAAUACGCAGUGUUGCCAACUUCGCUACGACACCAGUUAACUGUUAUACGCAGUGCCACCAACCGAACUAUGUUUCCUGACAACAAACGUCUUGCCGAUCAGCGAUGAGACAAUGGUCAUCCCAUUCUCUUUAAAAUCCAUUGUUUUCAAAGCCGUAAUGGUAAAUAAACAUAUAAUUUGUUUAAA